CUCUUUCAAGUGUUGUUUGGCCAGUCUCAAGGUGAGGAAGUUGGGAUCUUGAGAAGCCCCAAGACACAAACAUUCAAAAGGAUGAAGACUACAAUCUGCUCCCUGCUCAUCAUCAUCUCCUUUCUUCAACUGAUGGUCCCAGUGAAUACGGAGGAGACCUUAGACUCUGUCAUGAAGAAGCUCAAGGAAGUUCGCAGUCUAGAGCGUCCUCCCUCUGCUAUGACUAAGAGUCUCUCCUGCACUACUAUCAAGGCUUUAGGUACACUGGCUUCCUGUCCACCAGGAAUGAUUGCUACUGGUUGUUCAUGUGGCUUUGCUUGUGGAUCUUGGAAUGUCCAGAAUGAAAACAUUUGCCACUGUCUGUGUCCAAUCAUAGACUGGACCGUUGCCCGCUGCUGCCAACUGAGGAAAUGAAAAAGAUGAGAAUCCAGUUUUGAGAUAAUGAUUAUAAUGAAACUGAGAUUCCACCUAGGAGAUCUGAUUCAUUGUCCUUGUUAUGAAUUCAUAUUACACAGUAA